GACUUAUUAACCUAUUAAGCCCAAUUGAAUCAUAUAAUAAUAAAAUAAACAUGGCUAAAAAGGAAGUAUCUGCUGCCAAAGCAUCUGCAGCUAUAAAGAAAUCACAAUCUGGUUCAUCAACUUUAGGUUCAUCAACUUCUGGAGUUUCCAGAUUUCAAAAGGUUCAGAAAUCCAUAAAUGAAUUAUCAUCAGCUGUUAAUACAACUUAUAAAGAUUAUGUUGAAACAUUAACUCCUAGAUUAAAAUUAAUAGAUUUAUUUUUGGUAUUUCUUGUUCUUUUGGGAAUUUUACAAUUCAUAUAUGUCAUUUUAGUUGGUAAUUUCCCAUUCAAUGCAUUCUUGGGAGGGUUUAUUUCUUGUGUAGGACAAUUUGUUUUAACUGUUAGUUUAAGAUUACAAAUUAAAGUAGGAUCUAAACCAAUUGAACAAGUAGAAGAAUCACUUAAAUCUAAUGUUGAAGAUGAAAAAGUUGAAACUGAUGACUCUGAAGAUAAUGACAUUGAUGAAGAAUUAGUUAUUAAAACAACAAAUGUUGAACAAGAAGAUACCAAAAUAUUUAAAGUCAUUAGUCCUGAACGUUCAUUUGGAGAUUUCAUUUUCGCUAGUUUAAUCUUACAUUUCAUAGUUAUUCAUUUCAUUAAUUGAUGAAAUUUGAUGAUUAUUACAGUUAUGAAGCCAAUUUUUAAAUAGAAGAUAAAUAUUUAUUUAGUAUA